ACUAGCUCACAGCCUCUCGCAGUGUUUGUAAAUUUAAGAUUUGGAUUUUUCCUCCCAAUGCCUUAAAUCAGCUGCUGUGAGGAUCCUCUGACACUUUACUCUCCUGCCAUUCGUCUUCCUGGGAUCUUUCAGCAGCUCUUUUUUUCUCGGCCUAAAUUACAGCGAUGAAAAGUGAUUUUUCUUUUGUUUUAAACAGCAAAUACCUGCAAGAAGAAAGCCGCGAAAAAAGAAAGGUGAAGCUGAAUGCUUCAGAGUGGACUAUUCACAGCAUGGAGCCACACGAAAUCCCUCAGCAAUCGAAUGGAAGCGACUGCGGCGUGUUUACCUGCAAAUACGCAGAUUACAUCUGCAGAGACAGACCGAUGACCUUUACACAGACCCACAUGCCUUACUUCCGUAAGAAGAUGGUGUGGGAAAUACUCCACCAAGAGCUGCUGUGAGACCCGCACUACAGGAGUAACCCUGGGCUCACCUUCGGGUGACCAGCAUUUCUUGUAGUUACUUUUCUAAUACCUUAUUGGUAUUAGAAAUUUUUCUCUGUAGGUUAAGAAAACAGUUUUUCUCUGUAGGUUAAGAAGUAGUGGUUAAGAUUGUUCUUUUCCCCCCAUCCCCGCCUGCCCCUAUUUUGGAGACAGUAACUCUCUUUGAAAUUAGCUAACACACCUUAAGUGCAAGCUGGAAAGGUUGGUGUCUCCUGGCCAAGGGAAGGUUAAGAACAAAUGCUGAGAACCUCCAUCACAGAGAGGGCUGCUCACACCUUGCAGUGCAUGUGGCCACCUUAUGGACAAAUGGGACUCAUCUGGUGGUGGUCACAGUGCCUGAGCUGAACUUCUCUCACAGCACACGUGGUCACGUUAUGGACAAA